CCGCGGCUGCGGCUGCGGCUGCUGCUGGCGGCGGCGCUGGCGGCGGCGCCGGCGCGGCCGCACCCGCAGUGCCUGGACUUCAAGCCGCCGUUCCGGCCGCCGCGGCCGCUCGCCUUCUGCGGGCGCUACGCGGCCUUCGGCUGCUGCGACGCGCAGCGCGACGGGGCGCUGCUCCAGCGCUUCUACCGCCUCAGCGCCCGCCUCGACGGGCCCACGUACGCCGCCUGCGCCGGACACCUGCAGGACCUGCUCUGCCAGGAGUGCUCUCCAUACGCAGCUCAUUUGUAUGAUGCUGAGGAUCCCUCCACUCCUGUUCGGACGAUCCCAGGGCUUUGCCAAGACUACUGCGUGCAAGUCUGGCAAAAAUGCAGGUCCAUUUUCCGCUAUCUCUCUACGGACAAAGAGUUAAUCGCCCUGGAGAACAACAUGGCCAAAUUCUGCCGCUAUCUGUCCUUGGAGGAUGUAGACUACUGCUUUCCUCACCUCCUGGUUAAUGAGAAUCUCAAUCAAAACCUGGGAUUCGUGACCGCCAACGCGGAGGGCUGUCUCCAGCUCUGCCUGGUGGAGGUGGCCAACGGGCUGCGCAACCCUGUUGCGAUGGUGCACGCAAACGACGGCACCCACCGCUUCUUCGUUGCUGAGCAGGUUGGCCUGGUGUGGACCUACCUCCCCGACCGAUCGCGGCUCGAAAAGCCGUUUCUGAACAUCAGUGAAGCUGUACUCACCUCACCUUGGGAAGGAGACGAGAGAGGUUUUCUAGGUAUUGUCUUCCAUCCUAAAUUCAGAUUUAAUGGUAAAGUGUAUGUCUACUAUUCAGUUGAAGUUCGUUAUGAAGAGAGAAUCCGAAUCAGUGAGUUCAGAAUUUCUCCUGGUGACAUGAAUACUUUGGACCAUGGUUCUGAAAGGAUAAUCCUGGAAGUGGAAGAACCAGCUUCCAAUCAUAACGGAGGAGAGCUGCUCUUUGGUGAUGAUGGUUAUCUUUAUAUAUUUACUGGAGAUGGAGGCAUGGCUGGGGAUCCUUUUGGGACCUUUGGAAAUGCCCAGAACAAAUCAACGUUGUUGGGCAAAGUGUUGCGGAUCGAUGUGGACAACAACGACCGUGGGCCUCUUUACAGAAUCCCCCCCGACAACCCUUUUCUCGAUGACCCAAAAGCUCGCCCUGAGGUCUACGCGUAUGGCGUGAGAAACAUGUGGCGCUGCUCGUUCGAUCGGGGCGAGCCUCGCACGAAGGAAGGGAAAGGCCGUCUUUUCUGCGGCGACGUAGGACAGAACAAGUAUGAAGAAAUCGACAUUGUAGAGAAAGGAAAAAAUUAUGGCUGGAGGGCAAGGGAAGGGUUCAGCUGUUACGAUAAAAAACUUUGCACCAAUUCUUCAAUAGACGAUGUGCUUCCGAUUUAUGCCUAUCCACACAAAAUGGGGAAGUCCGUUACGGGAGGCUAUGUCUAUCGGGGUUGUGAGUCUCCAAACCUGAAUGGCCUGUACAUAUUUGGUGAUUUUAUGAGCGGACGCUUGAUGUCUUUGAAGGAGAACCAUGCUACCGGAGAGUGGGAGUACAACGAGAUCUGCAUGGGGACGGGACAGACCUGCAUGUUCCCUGGGCUUAUCAAUAACUAUUAUCGAUAUAUCAUUUCUUUUGCUGAAGAUGAAGCAGGGGAGCUUUACUUCAUGUCCACUGCCAUACCAAGUGCUACUGCUCCUGCUGGAGUGAUUUACAAAGUGGUGGACACCUCUAGGAGAGCACCACCAGGAAAAUGCCGAGUUGAGCCUUUGCCAGUGAAAGUGAAAAGCAAGCUCAUAAAGUUUGUGCCAAAGGAGAGGCCCAUCGUGAGCGCCCCGACGCCGCGGCCGCGGGCCCCCGGCGGGACGCCGCGCGCGGGGGCCUCGCCGCCGGCCGCCAACGGGACCCGCGCGUCCCCGGCGCCGGGCGGCGGCGAGGGGCAGCGGAGGAGGCGGAGGAGGAAGAAGAAGAAGAAGAAGAAGGAGCCGCCGCCCGCGGGCGCCCCCCGCGACGGCGCCGUGCGGCUGGCGGCCGGGCGGGGGCCGGCGCGGGGCCGCGUGGAGGUGUUCGCGGCCGGCCGGUGGGGCACGGUGUGCGACGACGGCUGGGCGGCCGCCGCCGCCGCCGUGGUGUGCCGCCAGCUGGGCUUCGCGCGGGCGGCGCGGGCCAGCAAGGGAGCGGAGUUCGGCGCCGGGAGCGGGCUGCCCAUCCUGCUGGACGAGGUGCGGUGCUCCGGGCGGGAGCGCAGCCUGCUGGAGUGCGCCCACGCCGGCCUGGGCGCCCACGACUGCUCCCACGAGGAGGACGCCGGCGUGGUCUGCAGCCGCCGGCGCGAGGAGGAGGAGGAGGAGGAGGAGGAGGAGGACUGGUGAGGCCGGGGGGCGCCGCGGCCCAUUUGGGGCCUCCCCGCGGCGGCGCGGCGAGGCCGAAGGCGGCCUGGCCCGCGCGGCCUCGUGUCUCCCUGCCCUGGCCUCGGCCGCGCGUGGCCCGGCGUGGAGAUCUGCGGGCGCCUCCGGGCCAGCGCCUGCCCUCCUUGGCGGGACGCGGAAGCAGCGGGUUUUCGCUGGCUUUCCGUGCGCUAAGGGGCAGCGAUCCCUUUGCAGUGCUGUCCGUCGGGACGAUCCUAUUGACUGUCAAAGAGAAUGCACCUGUGUACCAGUCAAGAAAAUCAGGAAAAAUCGUAGUGGCCUGCCUGCAAACUGCUUCUUCUGUUUACUCUAGAAAUUUGGAGCUUUUCCCUGCAAGCAGGACUGUAAUCCGUUUUAACCCCGAAAAUCCUUUGUGCCUUUCUCCACUUCCUCAGGCGUCACGUAGCAUUACGUUUAUGCGUUCAGUUUCACAGGCAUGAACGAGUAGACAAGACAUCAUGUAUUGGAGUAAAAAUCCUGCAAUACCCUUUUUAAAGGAGAGCUUUAAAAACCUCGUUUUGUCUGAAAUGUGUUUUUCACCUAAGUAAUGAUUGGAGGCACGUUUCCCUUUUUUGCGGUCUCACUGCUAUUGGCAGCAUUUUACCUGUUAUUUUUUUCUGAUGUGAUAAAGAUAGGUUUUAUCUUACUGCUCAUGCAAGAACCAAGGGAAAGACAGAACAAAUGUAAAAUAAGUAGUGCAUCCAGCAAAGUUCAGAAGCAGGGCUUGGUAUCUCAAGCUCUUAAUUUGGGUAUUUAUUUUAUUUCCCCAGUUUCAAGUUGACAAUAUCCUCUUAAACACAAAACAGUGAUGCUUGUUUUAAAUAAGAUUGUUUUAAAUAGUUUUUCUUGGACUUUCUGGUAUAAUCAUUGAAUAUUUUUUGAUACUAAAGAACACCUUCACUGUAGGUGAUCAAACAAGUAGCACUGUUUUCCCAAUCUAUGUACGAUUUAAAGGGGAGAACAGACAUGUAACAUGCCUUUUGGGUAGUAUCACUUUUAUUUCAUUAGAGACGUAAAAAUGCCAUCAAGUACAACUUCCCACUGCAAUAAGGGUGCAAGUACAUCCACUUAAAGUGCAGAAAUUCACCUGAGAUGUGUCCAAAUGCUCAGGAAACAAAUAAGAGAGUCUUUUGUAAAUGCUAUGAGAGCAGUUGGCACCUAUUGAGCCAAUGGAACUAGAGGGUUGGUGGGGGGAAGAGAAAUGGAAAGUAAAGAUUAAAUAUUCUUCAGAAUUCAAGUUCCUUUGUUUCCUUAGCCGAAUUUCAACUGUUUGUGACAUUUUAAGGAGAAUUCUGCUUAAAAACUUCUGGGUAUAAAAAUGGCCUGCAUAGCAAAAGAUACUGUGCAGUAACUGAGAUGAUUUGAGGAUGUCUGUAAGAUGGGAGUUUCACUAUCAUUUUCCAAGCACUUAAGUAUUCCUUUUUUUUUUUUUUUUUUUGAUCUAGCUAUUAAUUACCCUUCUCCUGAGUUAGCCCAUUUGAACCUCCUGAGCAUCUGCAUCAUCAAAGGCCACCUAGUUCUUGCAUGCUGCUAGUUUUGACUGCCACCAACCCCCAGCUGACAAUCACUUAAUGGCACACAGUCUCUGUUGACAGAUUAAAGCAUAUGGAAACCAACCCACCAGGAUCAGCUGUUGGCAACAGAGAGCUUUGCAAGGAUGCAGCUGGCUCUACAAAUACAGAGCUGUAGCCCUGGAUGUAUAUUGAGGGAGUUAUGUGGGUGCCACAUAAAUCUCAGAGGAAAUAUUUAUUGGUAGAGGAAGACAGAGACUUGCAAACACAUCUUCUCCCUCUUAUCCUUUCUCCCAGCCUACAUGGAGUGGAAGAGCAUUGCAGAUAGGCAGCAAAAGCAUCUGAGUAUGUGUAGGCACGUAUGUGUAAAUGUAUGUGCAUGCCAGCUCAGUACAUUUUUACGAAGGUAGGAAGAUAAUUAUUGCAAGACUGUAAUAUUCAAAGCACAGAAGUACAUGUAUAUUUAAAUACCUGAUAUAUUAUCUGCUGUUUAAUAGGGUCUUUACUGGUAGCAUUUUAAAAUAUGUUUUUAUACCCAGCUCUCAUAUAAACUGAGCUUUCGAUAAACACUGCUGCUGCAUUUGAGUGUGCUAGUAUACCAGUCUGGAUGCUGAUUCAGGACAAGUGUCAAAAUAGCCUGGAAUAAUGCUGGUUAUCACAUUACAGCUGCUUUUUUCUGUGUUAUGUGCAGUCCUUGACUUCUGCCUCAUAGUAAUAGAGUUUAUUGCCUUCUCUCUUAAUACCACCUCUGUGAUUCAAACUGGAAUAUUUUGUAUUUUUCCUUCCACUGCUGUAAAGCGUAUGUGUUAUGUCAGAGCAGCUGUAUCUCAUGGAGGAUGCAGCCUACUUUCAGCCCACCUACCUCCUCUUCUUUGUCUCCAAGGUAGAGUAGAUGUGCAAAGAGCUCAGUUUUCUUUCACUUAUGCAGCUUCUGGUACCCAACAGGCAGCCCAAGCAUCUAUGCACUCUGUUACAUUCUGUGCUAUAGAUACAUCUUACAGGCAAAAAUUUGAGUGUCCUUAUAAUGGUCUUUCUGAAGGGUCAGAGAGACAAGUUUUCCCGCAAAUUACUGCAGAAAAAUUCUAGAGUUUUCUGCCAAAAUGAGGAAGAUGCAAGAAAUACAUAAGGCUUUGCUGUGGGAACACUCAAAGGCUGGCAGAGCUGUUCGGGGUGCUCAGAACCGAUGCCCGCCCCAUGAAGACGUGGUUUUAACGCAGCGCAGUGAGGAGGACGGCGGGCAGCAGUGGGCGUCAGGGCAGCUGCCACAGCACCCUGUUCCCUGCUGUGCUGCGUUGUUGCACCAAGCUUAUUUCUGCAUUACUGGGGUGCCAUGGCUUUGCACCUGAAGGGGGAAAUAAAAGAGCGGAUCAGCUGGCCAGCAAGCCUGCCCCGUGCCACGGAGCAGGGUGCCACUCCGUUGUGCAUGCCAGGGCCCUGCUUGGUUGUCUUUUGAUGACCAAUAACUGCGUUCCAAAAUUAACCUUGCGUUUUUCUCUGUUGUACAAACAAGUAAGACUCCAUACCCACCUGAUGUUUGUCAAUAUUCUGCCACCUCUUUCAUGGUCUUCAUGAGUUUUCAUGUCCAGGCUUUACUCUGGGGCACAGCUGGUGAGAGAAGGCAGGAAAAUGUGAAUCUGGGACUCCAGCAAAGAUUGGAUACACACAUGUGGGUGUAAGUAUUGCCAAAGAUUCUCUUUGGCUACAUCCGCAUUAGUAAAUGAACCAGGAAAACACUUAGAAAAGUUUCCUGGCAUUGGCAAUAAAUGACUUGUGUCAUUAAAUCUUUAGAGCAGUCCCCAGCAUGCUUUUGGCAGAGACCAGCCAGCACUCUCCCAAAUAAUCCUAGCAUAGGAUUCAGGAGUUCAGGAGUAAGUACAGGUGAGGGACCAUUCCCAGCAGCAGGCAGCUUGGAUGCAGCUGGCCAAUUUUGGAAGUAAAAGUAUUAAAUUGUGUAAAUGUGGGAUGUCGUGCACCAGCUACCUUUAAUCCUAGGGAACAACUCUGAUUUGAUAAAUAUAGGCGUAGGCUUUGUGAAAACUAAACCCAAGGUGACUGUUUUUUUCUUAAGGACUUAGUUUCAGAUUGCAAGGCUAUGUAAUGUUCUUGACAAUUUGUUUAUGGGGUGAUAAAGGAAUACAAAUUCUUGGAGCACAUCAGAAGUGCAGGGAGAAAAAGUGGUGGUUUUAUUUUUGUGCACUUGCUUUUGAACACAGUGAAUAUAUUGCUAGUAUUUGGACUGCUCACGUUUUUUUUCCCCUUUUCCUUUUACCAUGUAUUGUAGUUUUAGAUAGAUACCAGAUGAGUUGCAGCCCACAAGGUAUUUCAUUCCUGUUUGUGUAGCUGUUCUUUAAACCAACAUCUUAGACCAUGUUUUGCAGUGCCCAACAUUGCACAGACACCUAGGAGGUACAGGGAGUUUCUUGGGGAAGCAGCAGAGCCACUUUGGGGGCUGUUUUCACAGAGGCUCCAUCCAGGUGUAGGACAACGAGGGAUGUUCUUGUAUCGCGAAGGUCUGCCGGGGGCGAUUGCGGUGGUGUGCAGGGGGGGUUGAGCAGUUGUUGCAUCAUCUGAAGCUGUGCUUGGGAAGAGCUGGGGGAGAGGAAAUUAAAGUUAAACCCAUAUCACAGAAGAAAGAUCUCGCUUCAGGUCUUUUCCUCCUUGGUAACAUGCUGUGCUGGGUGUGAGGUGCUGGGAAACAUGACACAGCAGGUCCCUGUGCAGUCGUGUGGGGCCGUUGACCCACUGGUGCCUGACUGAGCGGGCCCAGCUUGAGUCCUCGCUUGCCGACGGCUUCCUUCUUUGUCAGCACUUGAAGAUGCUCUGAUGUUCCCUGGCAGGUUCUGUGACUUAGGGACUUGAUGCCUGGGGAGGUGAUUUUCCCGGUGUCAAAUGGAAAGUCAGAUUUUUGUUGUUAAUUUGGUGCUGUUUUUCUUUUUGUCCUGUCCCUUGAUAAUCAGGUUGAAAUAAUGGAUUGUUUUCUGUUUCCAGAAACCCUGCAACACACCUCAGUAGCCUUGGCUUGAAUGGACUUAGUUAUGAUUCACACAGAUAUAAAUAACAGUAGAAUUUGGCCUACUGCUUUACGUUGUAUAUUCAUACACAUAUAUAUACAUGUAUAUGCACAUAUGCUGAGAAAAGUUAUGUAAUUAUUUUGAAAUAGAAGUAACAUUUUUCUUUUAUUAAUAGCUGGAUUUAAAGGAAGGUCAUCUACUGUAAUUGUGCCGGCAAUACAAUUUAAGUAUCUGUUUUGUAGUGUUAUUUAUAAUACUGCAAUUUGUCUUUUGUAAUAAAAAUAACCAAAUGUUGAAGUUAAAGUAUUCAUCUCUCUUUCCCCCUCCCCCUUUUCAGUAUGGUGUAUGAAUAGAAGUGUAAGGACACAGCAGCAAAUGUCUUCCUGAAUAUUGUAGAUGAUGAGUAACAAGGAAGCAAUCACUGAUUGUUCCAAUGGAGGUGGUUUAAGAUAAAUAGCUCUCUUAUAUUUUAUUAAAAAAAUUCUGUAUGAAUCUUACUAUAAAUAAGUUUAUCUGCCUCAAUACUUUUCACACUAGCUGACAUAAUAAUAGUAGGAACGAGGAGAUCACAUAUUAUUACUUGACCAUCAGAACAGCAAGAUGGGAUUUGGAGGUAUAUUUCAAUGCAUAUUUUGAAAUCUUCUUACGUUCUUUAUGCAGUGUUCCACUGAGCUGGAUCACUGUCUUCUAGUAUUGUGGAGUUUUAAUUCCAUGUUGAAUGAUACAGAGAAUAUUAAGCUGUCUAAACUCUUAGAAUAUUUUCGAUUCAAUGGCAGGUUGAGUGGUUUGAUUUUGCAGUCAUGCAGUACUGAAUUUUUCAGUUCUUGCAGCAGAGAACUUGAUCUUUUGCAGUAUUAAAAGCAAAUGAUUAUUUGCCACAAAGUAGUGACUGUGUGAGACUGAAGUCAUCAAACAGAUAAGGGGGUGAAGGCAUGCUAUAUAAAGGCACAAUUAACAUUAUUUAUUUCCAGUUAAACAGAAUGUUUGAAUUUUUCACAGCUGGAUUUCUGCAUUGUGUCUGCAUGGUGGCCAUAUUAAAAACAUUAAAAUUGUUGGAAA